AUGUCCUUCUUGCUUGCCCUGCUUUCCUCCCUCUCCCCUGUCGGCGAUACGGCCGAGAUCUUCACCGUGGACGGAGAGUUACACCUCCGCGCCGACCAGCACCGCUUCGACGAUCUGGUCAACACGAGGACGAACGACCCACACGAUACGAGCCGCGGUUCCCCCGAUGGCGAUAUCAUCACACACGGCGGUUCGAUGCUACGCUUCAGCGAGACCUCCGUCAUCGUCGAUGCUGCCGCCACCGACACCGACACCUACGACAACGGUAUCGACAACAACAACAACAACAACAACAACAACAACAACAACAACAACAACAACAACAACAACAACAGAGGCACUUCGCAAUCCCCCACGGGACCCCUGUCUUCUGCCAUGGACAACAACCACAACGUUGUCCACGGUGAUGCCAACGCCGGUGUUACCGACAUCACCCCCGGCCGACAGACGUACACGAAUGUGAUUUCCAGGACUACAGGAUUCCCUGACGAUGAUGAAUUGGACAAGCUGCCGAUGAGGGACUUGGGCCCUCGCGGCGAGCUCCCGCUCGAUCGAAGCCCCCUACACGGCAGAGUCUUUAUCAUAGGCGACAUCGUCUGCCACAAGAAACAGCCCCUCCCUUCUCCACCCGUCGACUCCACAUCCCACACCCAACGUUCAACAUCCCGACCGAAUCCCAAAGUCAUCGAGGUCAGGACGGAGACGGUCAUUAUCUCCGACCUCCCCGGCGACCUGCACCUGAAGGGUGUCACCUUCGACGUGCGACAGGGCGCGGGGUUGUGGAUCAUCGUGGCCACCACCACCAUCGAAGCCCUUGAGGGGGACUCCGCGGAGUUCUUCACGGUCGAACCGCAAGGGCACCUGGGGCUGUACGCCGACAGAGUUGGUCCCUUGCCCGACGAUGGAAUGGCGACGAUUGAGGUGAGCAAGAAGGCGUACUUCAACUCCAAGAUUCCCACUCUUUGGUUCAAGGGCGUCACGUUCUACGUGCGGGAGACCGGGGCGUUGAGGUUCGGCAUACCCACGAUGCACCUGCAAACUCUCGAGGUGGACACGCACUCUCUCGUGCGUGCGAAGGAGGGCGCCAAAUUGAACUUCGAAGCCGCCGUCCGCUACACGGCCGUCAGCGUUACGGUCGUCUCCACACCCGACCAGGACCCGCAGGGAGACAACUGGACACCCUCCGACCAGCCGUUCUUGGCUACCACAGGGGGCGACAUCACCACCGCUCCAGCGACGAACCAGGGGCUUCUUGCCGUCGACGGCGUCCAAUUCUUGCUCCUUGUCUCGUGCGACCAUCUGGGGGUCGACCGCAACCCGUUUUACGGCAUAGUGUCUGUCAGAGGCAACUUCAUGUGUCAGGAGCCGCGAGUGAGUAAUACCUUGGCAGAUAUCGACUAG